CUGGCUUGAUGCAGAAUGGAGUCGCCGCGAUGGUCGACGUUGACGAAUGCAACUCCGCCAUCAUGGGCCAUGUCACUGUGGACGCCAGAGAAGGACGAGAUCCUGGCUGCGUAUGUUACUUCCAGCAUCAAAGCGAGUCUGGAGUCAUCUAAUGAAGAAGUGGACCAGGAUCUUGCCGAAGCAGUGUAUGCCGCACGGUUUCCACUUGGUGUGAAUUGGAAAGAUCUUGCCCUGGAACUCAACUGCAGCCCGAUGGACUGCGUCCGGCGAUACGCAGAACUAAAAACUCCGCCUGUUCCAUUGGAAGAAGAACUUCAGGUGGUCCAUUCGCCUCGUCUGGAUGAACUUUUGUCGUCGUCACAUCGUUCCCUGUCCCCAAUGCUUUCCCCCCCGCCGUUUGCUCUGCGAAGUGAACACCGCAACAGUCCGUUCCGAUGGGACGAAGUUGAGAGCAGUGGGAAUCUUUCGCUCGAAGACACAGACGACCUGCAUGCAAUCGAGAUCGAGGAGCUCAGUCGUGACUUGAGCAAUGCGUCGACGCACGACGCACUCCCUCUGGGCGACUCAUCGUUGACCCAGUCCGCGCUUGAGGAAGCCUUUCUCGACCUCACGUCCAACUCGAUGCCAAGCAUGCUUCUAAACAAUCCCACGACGUUCUAACUCACGUGGAAUGAAAAGUGCUGCGGAAUCGUUCCAGGGAAAGAACGCAGAAACGUGUUAAACUGAAUUGUCGAGCAUCUUCUGCUUCUCGGCCGCUUCGUCCUUGCGCGCCUUGGCGAGUUUGGCAGCUUCCGCGUCCUUGAACUUGCCGUACCCGUACAGCAUGCCUCCAAUCACGCCAAAACUGACGAAGAUUGCGGUCUUGGCAGUUAGCUCUUCGCCGAGAAGGACGACGCCGAUGAAUGUCGUCGGAACCUUGUUCAGGCCACCAACCGUUGCGUAGGUCGUGGCCGAUGUCGAAGAUACACACCAGAACGACGCCAGGUUGAGCGCAAUCCCGAAGACGCCGCUCACGGUCAAGAGGACGAGGAACGAAACGUCAUACGUCAUCGGGUUGGACCACAUCGUGAUCGCGUCGCCGUUGACAAGCAUGGGCGGGAACAGCAGCGGCAGCGCGACUAGGUUGUUGUAAAACGCCAUUCCAAAGCGCGACAGCUUGAGCGAAGACUUGGACGUGGCGUAUCGCAUGUAUAGAACGUAAGAAGCUGUGCAAAUGCAAUUCAUGACCAUCCAGAAGUAGCCGCUGAUGGUACUCGGAGUUGGUUUCCCGUCCACGUCGCUGUACGAAGUGAGCACAGCACCCAAUAGCAUGACGAAGAGAGACGUGAGAACGAUCAGCCCUACGCCUUCGCCAAAGAAGCGCCAUUCCCCGAUGACUGUGAGAAUGAUCGCGACAUUCUUGAACACGGUCACAAUGUGGAUGGGAAGGCCGGCCGUCGCAAGUGUACUCGUGUACAACAUCGCGACAAAGAAAAACGUGACGGGCGCCCAACGCUUGGCGGUGUCGAGACUGAAGUUUUCGUACUUGAUCAUUCCUUGAAAUUUGGCGAGUUCCAGCAUUAGCACGCCGAGGAGCAUCUGGGCGAGGAUCACGAACGACUUCUCGUGGUAAUUGAAGUACUUUUGCCCGACGAGGUACCGAUUCACGAGGACCAUAGCGUUCGACACCGCGCUGUAUACCACACAGGACAGGACUGCCAUGGCUGUGCUUGUCGUCUUCGGUGUCGACAUCGCGGCGGUGUGCGGUCGACGCUGAUCAAGGGAUAAUGCCUCUACCUCGAU